AUGUCUUCCAAUACGCCUGCGAGCUUCGCGUCGGCGGCGGCUGGCCAGUCGAGAGGGCCUCGUCGAGAUGGGCGCUCUGCCAAUGGCACCCUGACUUUCCGCCGUCCCUCUGCCGCCGUUGUUAACCAGCAAUCUCAAGCUGCGUCCGAUACCUCUGCGCCUGCACUACCAUCCGUGACCGAAUCUCAAGCUGCUCAGCAGAGCCUGCCGCCUUAUGACGGAUCUAUGCGCUAUUCGCAUGUCAAUAACCUGCUGGUUGAGGGUUGGAACACCACGCAGAUUAACGGGGUGGCGAGGAGCUGGGGAAAGAGCUCAGAUGGCACUGUCCCGCAAGACCCUACUGUCUGUUGGGAUGCUACUGGUGGUGUCACGCCCAUGGCCUUGCAGGAAAUGACUGAGGACGAGAAGGAGGCGUUUGUCGACGUCAACUCGACUCUGAAACCACAGCAGCCAAAAGACAGCAGUCAGAUUGGCGGCGGAGGCGGUAAUACUGUGAGUGCCCCGAACGGCCGUAAGACGUCCAUCUCCCACGGCACCGGUUUUAGCAACAAUAGCAGCAACAACAACACUAGCAACACAACAACCUCGAUUUCGUCACCCCGCCCGACGACGCGCCGCCGGGAGGCAUCCGACACUAACUCUCUUCCCACCGGUGGCUUGACUUCUCCCCUUGCCAAUCGCACGCCUCGAGAGGAGUCAUCUUGGUUUGGUCGAAAAACUGCCGAUGCUAAAGAACCACAGCAACUGGUACAGCAGACUGAAGUGCCAGAGGAGGUCCCAGGACCGGUUGCUGCUCGGGUGUUGAACACCGGAACUCUGAAUCGUAGCAACAUGGCUGGGAGGGACAAACGCUUUGGCAAUGCGCGCGGUGAGAGCCGCCUAGCGCACUUGAUUCCCAAGCAAGAUGGUGCUGAUACGACUACACCGGGCACAAGGACGGCUGGCUCUGGUACUAGUGCCAUUGUUACUACCUCUGUCGGUACUGCUACUGCCUCCGGGGCGGACCCAAAGGAUUCUUGGCGCGCUCGGCCGCGGACAGAUACUGAUCCUUCUGGCGAGGACGGCGGGCAGUCCAAUUCUGCUUCGCAGAAUCCCGAGUCUGUUGACACCCCCGUUAAGAACGCCCGGGGUGACUUGGGCAUGUCUGAUCUGACCAUCGGCUCUUCGCUCGACGAGGAUGUUGCUGGCAGUCCGGAGACGAAUCCUUUCCGCAGCCCUCCGACGGACCGUAAUAGUGGCGGCCCUGGUAGCGGCGACAGUGCUCCCAUGACUGGAGCGGUCGGUGCUGGUGCUGGCGUCGACCAUGCCGCCAUCUUUGGGUCCGGGCGUGGCGGAUAUCCAAGCGCGAAUUUAGAUGGCAACAUUGCUGGCUGGGGCAACCCUCUUACCUCGAGCACCCCAGAUCGCGACCGCGCCGUAUUCUCAACCGCUUUUGGAAGCUCGUUGUUCAGCCCGGGCACUGGUGAACUUCAGUCGCCCGGUUUCGGCGGCGUUGUUCCUGGCGGUGGUGUUUUCGGCGCUCCUGGCGCUAGCGGCACUGGUUCUCUCCGUACCAGUACUAGCAAGCUCGGUGCCUUAUUCCCAGCGAGCAUGCAGGCGCAGAUGUCAGCCAGCCAAGACCAGGAAGGCAACGCUAUCGGCCGCGAGGCCAUCGGUUCCCAGGCGUCACAAUCGGCCAUUUUGGCCUCUGACUCGUCACCGCUGCCGCAACAUUUUGAGUCUGCCACCCGCCCCAAUGCCGACACCCCGCUGAACGCACCUCGCACUAUGGUAAUGCCUGAUCUCAUCCCCCCUCUCGUUGGAGCGUUUCCCAGUUACGGCCGAACUUUGACUGCAGAAGAGCAAAAUAACCUUGAGCGCCGCAAGCAGGAAGAGCAUGAACGGCUGAAAGAAUUCAAGCAAUAUCGCGAGCAGUUUGAUGCUACGGAGGCUGGGAACCUUGCAGCCGAAUCAUCCUUAACUACGACAUCUACACACGGCAAGCAACAGGCUACUGCUGCUGACGUUGUCGACGAAGUUGCCGCGGAGCGUCGGCUACAGGGUGAUAGUGGCACGUUUGCGGUUGUUGGCGAGGCGUCUGAAUCUCUCGUGUCUCUAUCUUUGACACAACAAGCUGGCGAAGUGGCCGGAGCCCUCAAGCCUGACCUUCCUAUGCCCUUCCCGCCUCCUCCAGGUGCCCUGUCCAGCACACCCCUGGCUGCUCCCACGGCCCAGCGAACGCGUUCCACGCUCCCCGACCAAUAUGCGACCAGCCAGUCUCGCUCGGAGACCCCUGAAGGUGGUGCACAUGGUACUACUCAACAACCCCCACUGGCGCCUUGGGCACGCGACCCGGGCUCAGAAAACCAUAGAGGGCCUAGCCUGAAGGAGAUCCAGGAGGCGGAAGCUAAGAAGGCUGCUAAGGCGGAGGAGAUAGCCGCUACGGCACGAAAGGUUGCCGCUGUACAAGAGGCCGCAAUCCAACGAGAGCGCGAAAAGGCUGUUGCAGCUCUGACGCCUGGUCUGCCGACGUCCUCCACGUGGGGCAACGGUACACCGGCUGUCUCUGUUGCCGCCCCUACCAGCCCGUGGGCUAAGGCGUCUAAUGCGAAGCCCAGCGUCGCAAGCGCUGGUACCGGUGGCGUUGCCUAUAGCGCUGUCGAUAAGAAGAAGACACUGGCGGAUAUUCAGCGUGAGGAGGAAGCCCGGAAGCAGAAGACUAGAGAGCUGUCUUCCCAACCUCCUCUUGCCUCAUCGCCGUUCGUUGCAAGUCCCAUUGCUACAAGUGCUUCUCCUGUUGCCGCCGCUACGGGUUGGGCUACUGUUGGUGCGGGCGCCGCCAAACCACCUGUCGUUCCGGCUAGUGCACGCUCGUCUUCGAAACAACUUCCUGGUGCCCCCGGGAAGGCCGAGGGUGGCGUUGCGAUGGACGAGUUCAACAAGUGGCUCCACCGCGAGGUGAGCCGUGGACUUGCUGACGACAUUGAUGUCAACAUGUUUGUCGACACGCUUCUACAGCUUCCCCUGGAUCAGUCAAUUAUCUCUGAGGCUGUGUAUGGAAACUCUAAGACCAUGGACGGUCGUCAUUUUGCCGAAGAAUUUAUUCGUCGCAAGAAACUCGCGGAAAGAGGCGUCGUUGAGAAGCAGGCCCCCGCGUCUACCGACGAAGCUAAGAUCGGCGGAGGCUGGAGUGAGGUUGCUAAGAAGGGCGGAAACACUGGUGCCUCGAAGGAGGAGAGCAUGCCUGCUGGCUUUAAAGUUGUCUCCAGCCGCAAGAAGGGCAAAAAAUAG